UCGUGCCACUUGCACCGUACGACGGACGACGCUACGCGCGCAUACGCAGUACGUACAUACGUGUUCUCGUCCAUCGACUAUACCGGUCGUGUCUUUACACCUUAAGCCGGGUAAUACAUUACCGUAGGUGAUUCUGGACACAAGACGCGCGUCCGUUACAGUGCCGUGGUACCUACGCGCAAGGUACAGUUAUAGUGUUUUAGGUAGUGCGUUAGUGGACGUCGAUUAGACUGGGAUUGAAAAUAUUUUUAUGGAAACCGUCAAAGAGCACUUGAGCGCCAGGAACGGCAAGACCGGCCGGAACGGCGGCAGGCGGCCGGCUAAGAACAAGAGCAAGGCUCUAGCGUACUUGCUGUGGCUGAUGGGCGGCCUUGGCGGACUGCACCACUUCUAUCUGGGACGCGAUCUGCAGGGCAUUCUUUGGUGGUGCACUUUCGGCGGGUACUUUGGGUUCGGUUGGCUCAGGGAUCUGUUCUACAUCGGUCGGUACGUGGACAACGCAAACGACGACGAGAAAUACGUGCGGAAAAUGGACCACUUGUACCGCACCCACGAAAAACCGCCGUUCUCAACGAUCCGUUUUACUGGUAUGGUCCUGGUGGGUUACCUCUUCAGUACCGUAGUGGCAUUAGCCGUUCCCGAAGAUAAAGUCGCAGGGCUCAGCUGGGAGUGGUUACACGUGUUCACUCCAUUAGCAGCGGUCGUGGGCGUUUGGGCUGUGGGUAACGUCGGUCACGAGAUGGGCUCGUUGAAAACACCAACGAUAGCCGCUUAUGCCGUGUGGGCUUUUGGCGGUCCGCUGAGGUCUUACAUCUUUAAACUGACCAACUACGACAUAGACGACACCACGUCAUACGCUCUCAUGAUACUAGCGGCCGCUUGGACGUUCGACAACGUGGAAAAAAGCUGGAGGCCCAAAAGCACGAAAUCUCCUAGCGUCAUCAAGCGAAUGGCUGUAAUCAGUUUGUGUUGUCUGCUGUACAUGACGUUGUGGAGCAGCUACUUGUACUUCAACGCUAAGGUGACGGACGAGAAUGGCGAGGAGGUGCCGUUCCACGAGGCUCUGGGACAUUUCUUCAACUCUCCCUGGUGGCUGGACGUUAAACAGUCGUUCGUAGAUGUCUGGAACUUUGCUCAGGCUCACGGUUGGAUGGAAACGUGGCGUCAGAUAGUAACGCUGUCGGACCCGUCGGGCGAACAGAAUGCGUUCAAGGUCUUAGAACUGAGAUCUGGAGCCUCGCAGGCGGAAAUAAAGCAACAAUGUAAAACGUUGGCGGUGAAAUAUCAUCCGGACAAGGCCAAGGACGAGAUAGCCAAAAAUCAGGCGCAGGAUAAAUUCUUUGAAGUCCAACAGGCGUGCGAACUGUUGUCCAGCAGUCGGGUCAAACGACGUCGAAAGAACAAACAGUAUAAAGAAGAGCUAUGAUCCCCCCUUCUUCUUAAUACUGUUGACUGGUUAUCCAAUUUUACUGUUUUGUUUUCCUUUAAACAGUUUAAAUACUAUGUAAAAAAAUAAUUUGAUCUACUUUAGAACUUCUAAAAAAACACUUGCGGUCGGCUAUCGAUAAAUGUAGAGUAAUUUGAUUUUAUUGUAUUUUACAGGAUACAAGGUUGUGUUCUGGGUAAUAUAAUUUAGUAAUGGUAGUAUACUACACGGCAUGUUUUAGUUGUGAUCUGAAUUUUGAUUGCUAAGAAGUGCUUGGGUUAUUCGUACUUAAACGUUAACAUACUACUAUAGCGGUUAAUUUCGGUCUGUUAAGUUUUAUUAAUAGAGUACAACCUGAAUCCACCGUACAGUAUAAUAUUAUCAUUGGUAGGUUAUAUCAUGUAGAACAUAAUAUUAUGUCGCAUAGCUUGUAACCUGCAGUAUAUUUUUUGAUUUGAUAAAUUAUAAAAAUAAAACUGCGCUAAUCGAUUGACUGCAUAAGGUAAAAGUUUUGUUGAUUUAAAAAGACAACUGUUAUAAGGAACAAAACCUUGAACUGGAUCCAGUCGUUUUUUCUUAAACUUUUUAAUCUUGUAUAAAUAAACCAAAACUUGUACUUGUACUGUGAUAUAAACUCCGAAAGCUCAUUUGUACAUAUUAACCCACAAAAAUAACAACGACCGCGGCAUUCUAGUAUUUAAUUUUAAUUUUAAUCGACAAUUAGCAAUUUACUACUAAUGACGUUUAGUAUACACUUCAAAGUAAUAAUUAUAGUCAAAAACUGAGUAAAUUAGAAAAACUUUAUAGUCAUUAUGUAGCAUGUGGAAAUAUAUUAUAGUAUUAUGCACUACAGUAUUGUAUCAGGCGACAGCAAAACAAACUGUAUAUUUUUAACGGCGUAUUUUAAAGGUUUCCAAGUAAAAUUUAUUUAUUAACAAUUAGCUUUUCCUCAGAUAACAGAAAACAUUCACAUAACUACAUUAUAAUUGUAUUCGCAAUAGUUCCUAAGUUCCUGAAUUAUAAAAUGGACAGUAAUUUUAAAUGGUUACAUUAAUGAACGUUAAUGUUAUAGUAAUUAUUUUCGUUUUAGGGUGUUUGAUAUGUAAUAUUGUUUAUUGUGUGUAAUAUAUUAUAUUAUUGUAUUUUUUUGUUUUAAAAACGAACUCAAUAUUUGUGGAUAAUUUUGUGCAGAUCGUCCUUAUUAAAUUAUUGUUUUUAAAUACUGAAAUGUGUUAAUAAAUUGUACAUAGUACCUUUAGGGGCGCGAGAAAAAAUAUUAGUUAAGCGCGCCAAUUCAAAAAAACAAAAUCUGAAUUACCUAGGGGAUGAGGGGUAUCCCAGUAUUUUUCUAGUAUUUUAUACUAACAAGUUUUGCGCCGUAAUUUAAAAACAAAUGCAAUCAUAUUUGCACGUCUGUAAGACGAGUAGCCGGCAAACCGCAUGUAAACCGUUAUUGAUUAACUGCCCAGAACAUAAAAUUAAAAUUUGUCCAAAAACGCCUGAUUAAGCUUUAAAUACAAUACCGGUUGUUGUUUUAAUUUUUUUAUCAUUGGGUAUGAAUCGAAAGGAUUAAAAUAUUUUGAAUAUUUACCAUUGUCAAAAUUCCAACGCCAUAGGCAAAUACUAAAUAGGUACUAUAGAGUUUUAUUUUACCGUUUUUAAAUAUGUGUACACUAUAUAACAUAAUAUAUACUUUUAUAUUUUUAAAAAUUACAAAAAGAAUUAUAUUAGAAAAUAAAAAAUAACGUAACGAUUAUUAUAAUAAAUUAAUUAAAUACCAUAAAGCUACUUUAUAGUUUAAAAAUACAAUAUCUAAAGAAAGAGCACCUUAUUUUAUAACAAUAUAAUGUUUAAAAUCAGCGUGUCCCAAAUGUCCAGCGAUAACCCAAAUAGAAAUAAUUUAAUUUCAUUAAAAUUAAAUUGAUUUCUUUCUAAAUGAUAAUACAAAGAGCUCCAAGUUUCACCGACUCCAGAUGAAAAAAAAAUAUAUUUUUUACUUGAACUUAAAUUUAAAUUACUUUGAGUGUGGCGGGACUUUUGGGGCAACUGUAGACAUAAAGUAUCGUAUCUAAUAAUAAUUUAACAAUAACAUUUGAAUUGUAACAAAACGUUUUAAUAUUAAAAAACAAUGUAGUACGUAAUUAUAAUUUAUAAAUUAUUAUUAUAUUAUUUAUAUGAUUUAAUAUUAAGUUUGACUGGA